CGAAAACUCAAUAUUUUCGUAGGGGUUAACACAUAGAUUUUAAAUAAAAUUAAAAAAAAAAUGAAAAUACUGUUUUAAUGCAUAGUUAAAUCCUACACACAUAUAAUUAUUGUCAAAUAGGUUUGGAACCUUUGUUGCCUCCGUUUCUCAAGAAAAUAGCGAUUUUAUAUUGGUUAGUCAACUAAUUUAGAUAGUAUAUGUAGUUUUACUAAAUUAAUUGAUUAAAAAUUAGACAUUUUAAAAUGUAGAAUAUGGCUAGAAAUUUUAAAACAUCACUAAUAUAUUUCUUGAUGUUGCUGUUUUACACAAAUAUAUUUAUGUAUCAUCUUUUUAAUUCAAUAAAAUUUAAAUUGUUCUCUAUUAAACCUUUUUUUAUAUUAGACUAGAAGAACUGACCAAUUCGUCCAAAAAAAAAAGAAGAACUGACCAACAGUAUAUAUAUUAGCUCACAUGAAAAAUAAUAAAUAAUAAAAAAAGAGUUCAUAUAUUAGACUUGAAGAAUUUACGUGUAGUACAUAUAUUGUUAUAAAAAACAAAUAAGAAAAAUAGUAGAAAAACAGAAAAAAAAAACAAAAGGAAAAUGUCAAAAUCAUUUGAUUUUUUAAAAAACAAAAAAGAAAUAGAAAAAUUUAGUUCACAUGAUCCUAGAUGAUUGGAUUCAGAGUUAGGGGACAUUGUUUUUGUUGUUGUUGUUGUUGUUGUUUUACACAGAUAUAUUUAUGUAUCAUCUUUUUAAUUCAAUGAAAUUUAAGUUUUCUCUAAAAUCACUUUUUAUAUUAGACUUGAAGAACUGACAUGCAGUACAUAUAUUAGUUCACAUGAAAAAAAUAAUAAGUAAUAAAAAAUAGUUCAUAUAUUAGACUUUAGAAUUUACGUGCAGUACAUAUAUUUAAAAAAAACAAAUAAGAAAAAAAUAGUCAAAAAAUUGUAAAAAAACAGAAAAAACAAAGGGAAAAUGUCACAAUCAUUUGAUUUUUUUAAACAAAAUAGAAAUACAAAAAUUUAGUUCACAUGAUCCUAGAUGAUUGGAUUCUUGGUUAGGGGACAUUGAGUAAAAGGCGAUUACCUAAUAUAUUACCAAAUUCUUGUUAGUAGACCUAAGUAAUCACUUAAUAGUCUUAAUCUAUUUAGAUAAUUUAUUGAAAAUUAUACUUCUAUUAAAUUUUAACAAUUCCAAAUAUAUACGUUUAUUUAAUAACAUAAUAUUUUACUGUAUUUAAAUAAUUUUUGAGAAUUGAAUAUUUGUCUAUUGAAUUUUAAUAAUUCAAAAUUAAAUAUGUUUAUUUAAACUUGAGCAUGUUAUGUUAUCAUUUGACAAAUUUUUUGAAUUACUUUAACUUUGAUUUGAAUACAAAUAUGUGUUUCCUUGUAAAUAGUAAACUUUAUACAAACUGUAGUGGGUUAGUGGUAAGUAGUUGUUGUUACUCUUUUGGGGCCGAAUCAAAAGAAAAGUAACAUGUUUUAAUUUCCUAGAUUAUUAGAUUCGUCCUCAUAAUUUAGUUAAAUAAUAUAUUUUAUCGACAAUCCAUUUCAUCUUUAUAGUUAGUUAAAUGGUACGACUAAUCAAAUAGCCUUUUAUCAAAGCCUUUUUUUAAUAAAAUGUUGUUUUGAGAAUAAAAAAUAAUCAUAAUUUCAGAGAUUAAAAAUGGCCCCCUAAUGUUGUUUUGAAAAUAAAAAAUAAAGAGCUGUUAUUUUUUUUCAGUAAACUAUGUGGCAACCUGUAAAACUGAUUAAACACCCGAAUAAAAUUAUUAUUCCGAGAAUUUAUUAACUAAGAAGAUUAAAUUUAUUAAUUAUUACUCCGAGAUGCAAUGUAUAUAGAUUAUAGAUAUGAUUUCAUAAAUAGUCCUAAAGGCUAAGAAAAGGUAAGUGAUUUGAAUGAAUAUAUUAUGAGUCAUUCCAGCUAAGGUGAUGAAGGCCUAUAAGUUUCAUACUUAUUCGUAUACACACACGUCGCCAUCAAUUCAUCAACUUUAGUUACAAUGUAUAUCUUCAUAAAAUAAGAAUUUCUUUACUGUUAUCAAAUUACAUUUUUAAAGCCAUUAAGAUGGUAUUAUCCGAAUUAUACAAGUGAUUACAUCCUUAGUGAUGAAAAGUCUUACUAGCCUUUUAUGUUAUUUGAGAAAUAAUCUCACGGUGGGGAUUUCACCAAUAAAUUUUCGUUACUGAUUAUAUACGACGCGGCAUUACGCACAUAUCAUAUAAUUAAUAAACCAACACCUCCACAACUAUAUAAACAGACUCCUGACAAGAAGGAACAUACAUACAAAAAGCACAAAAUAUAAUACAUACAAAAACAUUGUUGUGGUCAUCAUUAUGACGAGGAAGAAGCUAAACAUAUCUUACAUCACCAAUGAUUCAAUGAGAAAAUCAACCUUCAACAAGAGGAAGAAAGGGUUUUUCAAGAAAAUCCACGAGCUCUCCGUUCUCUGCGGAAUCCAAGCAUGUGCUGUUAUCUACAGUCCGUUCAGCUCUACCCCGGACGUGUGGCCAUCGAACUCCGAAGCGAAGAAAGUAGUGGAGAAGUUCGAGGAGAUUCCAAAGAUCGACCAAGAGAAGAAAAUGGUGAACCAUGAAGGUUUUCUCAGAGACAGCAUCACAAAAACAAGGGAGACUACCAUCAAGAAGAUGAUGGAUAAUACGGAGAGCGCUAUGAACGAGACCAUGUUCCAAUUUCUUCGCGGGAGAGGGGACAUGUUUCAGCUGACUGACAAACAUCGUGACGAUUUGUGUAGGCACAUUGAUCAACAUCUUAAGGAGCUUUAUCACCAUAGGAAACUAAUCCUAAAUCAAUCCCAUCUUGAAUAUGGAGAAUCUUCUUCAGCUGCUAAUGCCAUGACACAACCAGCAGCUAUAGCUGAAGAGGGUUCCUCCCCUUUCCCAGAUCCUGAUGCUUUCAACACUGCUCAGCCAGUGAAUGAGUUAUGGGCUUUAGAAAAUAAUUAUCCUCCUGCUGCCAGUGACCAACAAGGUUAUUACCAAAUGACGAAUCCGGUAGGUGGUUAUCAUCAGCAUCCAAGUUUAAAUUUAAAUUUUAAUCCUAAUCAGUAUCAGCAGAAGUUUGUAGGAUACCCAAAUGUAGCUCAAGAUGGAAAUUACAGUGGGAUUCAAAAUCAGAAUCAUCAGCAGGAAGAAUGGUUGGUUAGUCAGAUGAUCAACAAUUCUAACCAAGUGCGUUUCCCUAUGAUGGAUGACAACAACCGCUACAACUACCACCAGCCGUAAAACAUCUCCAUUAAAGACAUUUGUUGUGAUGUAUGCUGAUUAAUGCAUGUUUUAUUAUGAUGUCUACUUUCGUCUGCCAGAUUAUAAUUCUCUCUUUCAUGUUUUAGGAUUUAAUUUGAUAAAGUGUCCUUUAUUUUAUUGCAGUUUUUAUAUAAAGUUUCAGUUUCAUCCAUA